AAAAAAAGAAAAAAGAAAAAAAAAAGCCCUUAGUAAUCCUACAAAGCCAAUGAUAUUGCCAAAGCCAGGUUUUAUAAAUGGCGUAUCAAUCCCUUCCCAUAACUCAUUUUAUUCACGCACCAGAAACACCAUCUAGUCACGUCCCUCCCCAUGUUCUUCAUCGCGUCUCUGGUCCUGUGCCUGGCAUUCACCAUGGCCGUGGUCUCUUCGGCACCCCUCAUUCAACCGCCUAGCGACUUACAAGGCAUUGCUGCCGCUCGCGCCCUCACUGCUCCCUCCGUAACGUCUCCCGUCUCUAUUGUUCCGACUGCAGCGGCUUCAGCUACCACCAUCUCUCCCUCUGCCACCGCUGCAGGCCAGACCGCUGACGUUAGUUCAGUGACCACAAUCGCGCCUCAGACAGAUAUCAUCCCCGUGACAAACAUCCUGCCCGUCCUGAACUUUCUUCCACCUGCAUACUACGACAGUGCGCGAGAUCGUCUUGUCGACAUCUACGGCCACGGCUAUAGCGGCUAUGGUGGACUGGGUAGUCGCGGCGACCACAAAGGCCAUGCCAACAGCGAUUAUGGUGCCAACAUGGUUGUCAUCCCCGGACUUGCCAGCAGCGGCGCUGGAGUUGGCACCUAUGGUGGCUAUGCCGGGCUUGGGGGGCUACGACAGACGUAGUGGCUACAAUGCCAGCGGCACGAAGCCAUGAAAUGACGACGAACAGGCAACACGCGUGUGAAUUUUACACCGCGCACAAUAAAGAUCGAGUCUUCACGUAAAUUUGAUGCGCCAAUGUACCAACGGUCCUCCAGGACAGCGAUGCUGGCACCCAAACAC